CGACAUAUUCAAACCAAAUUAAAUUUGAGCUAGCUGCACGUGGAUGGAAGGCGCGGCGCGGAUUUCAAAACUUAAGCUCUCGGUUCAACUGCCAGUGGUGGACUGUCCGACACAAGUUACUCUAUUUAGUCAACAUUGUUGUGCUAACGUAAAUCACAGAAUGGCCCGUAAUUCAAGACCGAGUAGUGACCGGGCUUGUCAGUCCACUCAGGACGUUCAUCCCACUGGUGGCUACGAUGCGGAGUUUGACCCGCCCCUGGAUGCAAAGUAUCUUUGCCCAGUCUGCCUGGCUGCACUGCGUGGACCCUUGCAGACAAAGUGUGGACAUCGAUUCUGUAAAAUGUGUCUGCAGAGAAUCAUUGGUACUCGGCCACAUGUCAAGUGUCCUGUGGACAAAAGUUGGCUAGAUGUCAAGUCAGAUAUUUUUGAAGAUGUGGCAGUGGAGAGAGAAAUUUUGUCCUCGACAGUACUGUGCAGCAAUUCUGGGAGUGGCUGUAAUUGGCGAGGGGACCUUAGACACUUACAGGUCCACUGCGACGCUUGCCCCUGCGCUAAGCUAGUGUGUCCCAAUGGCUGUGAGGAGCAAUACCUGCGAGGAAAGAGUGAAGAUCAUUUAAGGGAUUGCCCUUUGCAAGUAUUGAACUGCAGCCACUGUGGUGAGACUAUCAUUAGAAAAGAUGAGCCGAGACAUCAGCUACUAGUGUGCCCCAAAUAUCCUGUUCAGUGUGACGAGUGUGGACAUGCAGGAAUUAUCAGGGAAGAGAUGCCCAAACACACAGAUGUAAAGGAAGGGAAUUGUCCAAGCACUCUUGUCCCAUGUGACUACCAAGAAGCAGGAUGCAAGUGUCAGAUAAAGCGGAGUGAGUUACCUGACCAUUACCAACAGGCCACAACCGACCACAUGCGGCUUUUACGGAUGGAGGUUACUGCCCAGAAGGCCCUGCUGCAAACACAGAGCGCCUUGCUGAUGGAGUGUAAUACGAAGUGCUCUCAGCUGAUUUCAGAAAUAGAGGCAAUGAAAAAAUGUUUUGACGAGAAAGAUAAACUUGUAAACCAGCAAGUUGAAAGAAUCAGCCAUUUGGAGAACACCAACUACAACGGUCGCCUUUACUGGAAAAUUGACCUCAACUCGUACACAGGAAGUAAUAACUCCUCCGCCCGUAUACUUAGUCCUCCUUUCUACACCAGCCGACCAGGUUACAAGCUGCGUGCUUGCCUGGAACUGGAUGGCCACGUGACCGGCAGCACCAGCUACACAUCGCUGUUUGUCGUGCUGCAGCAGGGCGAUUUCGACGACUGCCUGCACUUUCCGUUCAGCACCACAUGUGGCGUGACGCUCUUCGACCAGUGCCAGAACGCUCGGGGGAACUCCAACUUCACCUCAACCAUCAGCUGCGGGAACAUGCCCCGAGCCUGGCCGGGGGAGGGGAGGGACCCAUUCAGGGGGCGGCUGAAACUGAUGGAAACUGAUGCCCUGAUCCAGGGGAGGUUCUGUCGGGAUGGCACACUUUUCAUGCGAAUUGACGUAGAUGUGUCCCCAUCUCUCCACCACUGAAAUAUUGAGUCAUUGCUUUGGCAAUAUGUGAAUUUGAACUGAGAACAGGUGAAUUUGAAUUGGAAAAACAUAAAAGCAGUUGAUGCAAUAAACUUCGCAAAAUAAACAUGCAGUAAUUCUUGUAAGCCAUUUUUUUGUAGUUUAUUUGUGUCUAACUUUCAAAUGAUUGUUAUUUAAAACCGUUGAGUUCUUUUUUAACAGUGCAACAUGUCAUGUCAUUGUAACGUCUUUACUGUGUUUGAAAUAUUUUAUAUAUACUGUAUGUAGAAUUAUGUGCCCUUUUAAGCACUUUUUUAAAAAUAAAAAAAUCAUCAUGAAGUUAUUUAUGUUGCAGCAUCAUUACAUGUAUUUUUA